AUGGAGGAAGUGAGUGGCUUCCUGUUGUGGCUCACCUGUCAGCUGACCUGCUGGCUUACUGAGUGUGCUCAGUCGGGGUUUUCCAUCAACACACAGAUUUUGGUGCCAACACACGGAUCCGUUCAGACCGUCAUCAUGGUGUUAGCCGACCUGGGGAGGAAGAUCACCUCUGCGCUGAGGUCACUCAGCAACGCCACCAUCAUCAAUGAGGAGGUGCUCAACGCCAUGUUGAAGGAGGUGUGUGCUGCUCUGCUGGAGGCCGACGUCAACAUCAAACUGGUCAAACAGCUGAGAGAGAACGUCAAGUCUGCCAUAGAUCUGGAGGAAAUGGCUUCAGGUCUGAACAAGAGGAGGAUGAUCCAACACGCCGUCUUCAAGGAGCUCGUCAAGCUGGUGGACCCCGGUGUGAAGGCCUGGACCCCCACCAAAGGAAAGAACAACGUCAUCAUGUUUGUUGGUCUGCAGGGUAGCGGGAAAACUACAACCUGCUCCAAGCUGGCCUAUUAUUACCAGAGGAAAGGUUGGAAGACCUGCCUGAUCUGUGCUGACACUUUCAGAGCUGCUGAUCUGGAGGGUCAGAACAAGCUGGGUCGUCACCCAACGGCAACAGAGGAGGACUGUCACAUUAACAACUUCAGUGAGGAGGGUCGUUACCACAGCAACGAAGUGGAGCAAGGAAGGAUUUGUCACCAUGCGAACGACGGGAAACAAAGGUUGAAAACCGUCAGUAAAGGCAGUAAAGGCAGUAAAGAACAGUGGACAAGCUGCAAUAAAGACAGUAGAAGUGGGCAUAAAGACAGUAGAAAGGAAAGUAAAGACAGUGGAGGGGAGUAA